GCGUUGACUUGCUGAAUUUCUGUAUCUCCAUGCAUGACUGGAAUCUGUAUGUAGAUUUUACUCCAAAGAUCAAACAAAUGGACGAGAGACCCCAAGGCGAUCAAACAUUCAGCUGAUAAGAGAUUGAAAUAAUAGACUCAUCCAUAUACUCUACAACACUCUUUAACACACGAUACUCUCAGACUGUUACCACAUGGUGAUGGAUCUUCUCUGGGUACUUUUGGAUGGAAACCUGCAGCUGUUUUACCAGUUUCUGAACAUUCCUUUCGCUCUGCUGUUGUAUUAUUUGGCUAGAAGUGGACGUCUCUCAGUAGUAAACAGGUUUAUCUAUUUGGCCCUGGGUGGCUUCCUCCUGGGUGCUUUGACGAUGGGUCCAUACAGCGUUCUGCUGUUUAUCAGUGCUGGUUUUUCCCUUCUGCUGAUUCGAUUUUUGGACCCAACGCAUAUUUAUCGGUGGACUUUAGGACUGCAGAUGUGCUGGCAAACGUUUUGGCAUUUGUGCAUACAGUACCAGCAAUACUGGCUGCAAGAGACACCCGACUCCAGGCUUUUAUUGGCGGUGUCUGCUCUGAUGUUGAUGACACAGAGGGUUUCUUCUCUAUCUCUGGAUCUUCAGGAGGGAUCAGUCGGCAUUGAUCAUCAUUCAGGGAUCUUCGUUUUAUUUCUGAGCUACUUUCUUUAUUUUCCAUCUCUCCUCGGAGGACCGCUUUGUGAUUUCAACACAUUUGUGGAGUCAGUAAGGCGAAUGAGCCAGACUCCACCCUUAGCGUCCUGCCUAGGUAAUCUUGGAUCAAAAACAUUGCAAGUUUUAGUUUUAGUUUUGAUUAAAUAUGCUCUACAUAUGCUCCUGAAAUCCAACACAAGAGAGAUAUUAGGGAUCUGGAUCUUGGCCCUGCUACUGAAAAUGAACUAUUAUGCACACUGGAAAGUAAGCGAGUGCGUUAACAAUGCCGCAGGCUUCGGUCUCCGUAGUUACCGUCACACUGGAAAACCAUCAUGGGAUGGGAUGUCUGACGGCAACCCAUGGCUGACUGAAUUGUCGAGUCGACCUUCAGUGUUUGCUCGUGAGUGGAACAGAACCACAGCGGCGUGGCUUCGGAGAAUAAUCUUCCAAAGGUGCAACACAUCUCCGCUCCUCGUGACUUUUGGGUUCUCGGCUUGGUGGCACGGACUUCAUCCUGGUCAGAUUCUGGGUUUUCUCAUGUGGGCCACCACCGUGCAUGGUGACUACAAGUUACAUCGCUUCCUGAAACCGAAGCUUACCUCCCCGUGGAGGAAGCGGUUAUAUGUGUGUCUAAGCUGGGCCUUUACACAACUCACCACUGCAUGUGUUGUUGUUUGUGUAGAGCUACAAAGUUUUAAGUCAGUCGGAUUUCUCUGUUCUUCAUAUAUCGCUGUGUUUCCAUUCCUGAGUGUUCUGUACAUUAUGAUCCUGUGA